AUGGAAUCUUUGGCAACAGCCAUUCGUUUAGCCACGCUGAACUGCCGAACAUUAUCGAGUGAACUCCAACAAGUCGCUCUAUCCAAACUUCUGCGAUAUCUCUGUGUGCCUUCUGUUGCACUGCAGGAAACACGCAUGAGAGAUCGGCCCGUCAUCCGCAUCGAAAAUUACACCACAUACUGCGGCGAUGCUGAUGAGAACAAAGUAGGUGGCUGCGCGAUAGCUGUGAGGAACGAUUACAACAACCUGCUGAAUGAAUUUGGCUCAAUGUCGUCUAGAUGCGUCUUCGUACGACUGCGGGGUCGCAGAGGACGUGAACUUUGGAUCGUAAGUGCUCACGCACCUACGCAAACCGCUGAGGACAACAGUAAUGACGCCUUCCAUGAUGAACUCAAUGCGCCGAUGUCUAAAAUAUCAAGCCAGCAGGUGCCAUUGUCGGAAUCGACGCAAAUGCGAAGAUGGGACUCGAACAGCAUUGCUAGGAAAAUGGUACUAUCCAGCGGAGCGCACGUCGGACAACGAGGAAUCAUUGAGCUUCAGCUCGACUGCGUUCUGGCGAGGAACAUUCCUCAGUCAGAUAUUCGAAAAUCUAGAGCUGUUUGGAACGUCGCGUUCGACUCUGACCAACGUCCAGUUCUCCUCAGCUCCAAGAUACGGUUCCACAAGAAAAACCGAGGAGUUCCUCUUCAACCGAAAAUCGACAUGGCAGGUCUGAAAGACGAUGAAUGCAGAACAAAAUUCCGCCAACGUGUGUCUAUUCGUGUUGGAGUGCGGACCAGGAAGAAGCUUAGCGAUGCGGAUUCCUUCACAAAGUGCUCCCGGUUCUACUGCCGCGGAAGAAGUUUGCCUUUGCAUCUGCGGGAACAAAGUCCACGUAGAAUUCUGAAGCUGCAUCGUCAACUGCAACAAGAUUCCGAUAACGAGUGGACGUCAAGAGCGAUGGAGUUUGAGAAGGCGUAG